GGCGGCGGCGGCGGCGGUUGGCCGGUGGGGGUUGGGAGGAGCACGACCGAGGCUGCUGGGGCAGCUGGAACUGGCAGUUGCCGGGGGCCAACAGGAGGAUCUGGAGCUGAGAGCGAACCCCAGGCCGGGUGGAGGAGGCGGCUGCAGUUGGAGUCCGGGGAGCGCUGGCGGCCGCGGAUUCUCAGAGGAGCAAGUGUCUGGGGUUUAGAGUCUGCAGCGGCGGCGGCGGCCACGGCGGCGGCUGGGGCCGAGAUACAGAAUUAACACUUCGAAUCUGGAGAAGCAUUUUGUACAAAUUGAAAGAUUGGGCAUUCUCUUUAGUUUUCCAGAUGUAUUGUCUCAUCUGCACACUUGAAACAUCCACAAUCACAUAAACUCCCAAGAUAUAACCAUGGAGUUAUGUGACCCAUCAAGAUUUAGGGAAAGUAUUGCCACGCUUUGGAACCAGGCAAUUUUCCACCAGUUCAACAAUUAAACUAAUAUAUUCUCUGCUGAUAAUCAAGAGUAAAGAGCCAAAUAAAGUCAUGCACAUUCUAUUGGCAAAUGGCAUCUGUGGCUGUUGAGUUUUACUGUAACUCGUUACUAUAUCAUUCACAGUCAACUUAAUUUGCAAGUUAUGUCCUAAUGGAUGUAAAGACCUGUGUUGAUGUAUCCGGGAUCUAGCAAAUGUUGAAGAUAAGGAACCUAUUAUGACUAAUCCUUGGGAAGAGAAAGUCUGCAAAAUGGCUCAAACGAGUUUACUGCAGGGGAAGCAGUUUUACUGUAGGGAGUGGGUUUUCCACAAGCUUCAGCAUUGCCUCCAGGAGAAAACCAACUGCUGCAAUAGUGCUGUCAACACACCGUCCCUUGUAAUGAAUUCUGGGAAUAAUGCUAGUGUUGUCUCUGGAAAAGGAGCUGCCUGGGGUGUGUUGUUGGUAGGAGGGCCUGGCAGUGGCAAGACAGCCCUAUGUACUGAGCUGUUGUGGCCAAGUUCACCUAUAAGCUUGCAGAGAGGUUUACAUCGCCAGGCUUUGGCCUUUCAUUUCUGCAAAGCCCAGGACUCUGAUACUUUGUGUGUUGGAGGGUUUAUUAGAGGUCUAGUUGCCCAGAUCUGCCGCAGUGGACUACUCCAAGGAUAUGAGGAUAAGCUAAGGGAUCCAGCAGUCCAAAGCCUCUUACAGCCUGGAGAAUGUGAAAGGAACCCAGCUGAAGCAUUUAAAAGAUGUGUUCUGCUCCCUCUUUUGGGAAUGAAGCCUCCCCAGCAAAGCCUGUAUCUGCUUGUUGAUUCUGUUGAUGAAGGGUGUAACAUUACUGAAGGUGAACAGACGUCUACCAGCUUAUCUGGAACUGUUGCAGAGCUUUUAGCUGGUCACCAUGAGUUCUUUCCACCAUGGCUAUUACUUCUGUGUUCUGCCCGAAAACAGAGUAAGGCUGUUACUAAGAUGUUUACCGGUUUUCGAAAAAUAAGCUUAGAUGACCUUCGGAAGGCAUAUAUUGUUAAGGAUGUUCAGCAGUAUAUCCUUCAUCGUUUAGAUCAGGAAGAAGCUUUGCGACAACACCUCACAAAAGAAACUGCAGAGAUGUUAAAUCAACUGCACAUUAAAAGCAGUGGAUGCUUUCUUUAUCUAGAACGAGUUCUAGAUGGAGUUGUAGAAAAUUUUAUUAUGUUAAGAGAGAUUCGUGACAUCCCAGGAACUCUAAAUGGUCUCUAUCUCUGGCUGUGUCAGAGACUUUUUGUAAGGAAACAGUUUGCAAAAGUUCAGCCCAUUUUGAAUGUGAUUCUUGCAGCCUGCCGGCCUUUGACCAUAACGGAAUUAUAUCAUGCGGUAUGGACCAAAAAUAUGUCAUUAACCUUGGAAGACUUUCAACGUAAGUUAGAUGUCCUCUCCAAACUUCUUGUUGAUGGACUAGGAAAUACUAAAAUACUAUUCCACUAUAGUUUUGCAGAGUGGCUUCUGGAUGUGAAACACUGCACUCAGAAGUAUUUAUGUAAUGCAGCAGAAGGACACAGAAUGUUGGCUAUGAGUUAUACCUGUCAAGCCAAGAAUUUAACACCGUUGGAAGCACAAGAAUUUGCAUUGCAUUUAAUUAAUUCAAACUUACAGUUAGAGACAGCUGAGUUAGCUCUCUGGAUGAUAUGGAAUGGUACACCUGUCAGAGAUUCCCUGUCUACUUUAAUACCCAAGGAACAAGAAGUGCUACAGCUGUUGGUUAAAGCUGGUGCUCACGUCAACAGUGAAGAUGAUCGCACAUCGUGCAUAGUCCGACAAGCUUUGGAAAGAGAGGAUUCCAUUCGGACAUUAUUAGAUAAUGGAGCUUCGGUAAAUCAGUGUGAUUCAAAUGGGAGAACAUUAUUAGCUAAUGCGGCAUACAGUGGCAAUCUUGAUGUAGUGAAUUUACUUGUCUCCAGGGGAGCAGAUUUAGAGAUCGAAGAUGCGCAUGGACAUACACCACUUACCCUAGCUGCUAGACAAGGACAUACCAAGGUAGUUAAUUGUUUGAUUGGGUGUGGUGCAAAUAUUAAUCAUACUGAUCAAGAUGGUUGGACAGCAUUAAGAUCUGCUGCUUGGGGUGGCCAUACCGAGGUAGUUUCUGCACUGCUUUAUGCAGGUGUAAAAGUGGAUUGUGCAGAUGCUGAUAGCCGAACAGCUUUGAGAGCAGCAGCUUGGGGAGGACAUGAGGAUAUUGUACUGAAUUUGCUACAACACGGUGCUGAAGUCAACAAAGCUGAUAAUGAAGGCAGAACUGCGCUGAUAGCAGCAGCAUACAUGGGCCAUAGAGAAAUUGUGGAACACCUCCUGGACCACGGAGCAGAAGUGAAUCAUGAGGAUGUUGAUGGCAGGACUGCACUCUCUGUAGCUGCACUUUGUGUGCCUGCAAGUAAAGGACAUGCAUCAGUUGUUAGUCUUUUAAUUGAUCGAGGUGCUGAAGUAGAUCAUUGUGAUAAAGAUGGCAUGACUCCGCUGCUGGUAGCUGCCUAUGAAGGACAUGUCGAUGUGGUUGACUUGCUUCUAGAAGGGGGAGCAGAUGUAGACCACACAGAUAACAAUGGUCGGACACCCCUCUUAGCAGCAGCUUCUAUGGGCCAUGCCUCAGUUGUAAACACACUUUUGUUUUGGGGUGCAGCUGUGGAUAGCAUCGAUAGUGAAGGUAGGACAGUCCUCAGCAUAGCUUCAGCCCAAGGAAAUGUUGAGGUAGUACGUACUCUCCUGGAUAGAGGGUUAGAUGAAAAUCACAGAGAUGAUGCUGGAUGGACACCUUUGCAUAUGGCAGCUUUUGAAGGUCACAGGUUAAUAUGUGAAGCACUUAUUGAACAAGGUGCUAGAACAAAUGAGAUCGAUAACGAUGGACGAAUACCUUUCAUAUUGGCUUCGCAAGAGGGUCAUUAUGAUUGUGUCCAAAUAUUAUUGGAAAAUAAAUCCAACAUUGAUCAAAGAGGUUAUGAUGGGAGAAAUGCACUGCGGGUUGCUGCAUUAGAAGGGCAUAGGGACAUUGUUGAAUUACUCUUUAGCCAUGGAGCUGAUGUUAACUACAAAGAUGCUGAUGGGAGGCCUACGCUUUAUAUUUUGGCCUUAGAAAACCAACUUACAAUGGCUGAGUAUUUUCUAGAAAAUGGUGCAAAUGUAGAAGCAAGUGAUGCCGAAGGAAGGACAGCACUUCAUGUUUCCUGCUGGCAAGGCCAUUUGGAAAUGGUGCAGGUUCUGAUAACCUACCAUGCUGACAUCAAUGCUGCCGACAAUGAAAAGCGAUCUGCUUUGCAGUCUGCAGCUUGGCAGGGCCACGUAAAAGUGGUUCAGCUUCUGAUCGAGCAUGGUGCCAUAGUUGACCAUACAUGUAACCAGGGUGCAACUGCACUCUGUAUUGCAGCCCAGGAAGGGCACAUUGAUGUUGUGCAGGUUUUAUUAGAGCACGGUGCUGAUCCAAACCAUGCUGAUCAAUUUGGACGCACAGCUAUGCGUGUUGCAGCCAAAAACGGACAUUCUCAAAUAAUUAAAUUAUUAGAAAAAUAUGGUGCAUCUAGUUUGAACGGCUGUUCCCCAUCUCCUGUUCAUACAAUGGAGCAAAAACCUCUGCAGUCGGUGUCUUCAAAAAUGCAAUCAUUAACAAUCAAAUCAAAUAGUUCUGGCAGUACUGGUGGAGGGGACAUGCAGCCUUCAUUGCGUGGUUUACCUAAUGGGCCAGCUCAUGCAUUCAGUUCUCCUUCAGAAUCUCCAGAUUCUACAGUCGAUCGUCAGAAGUCGUCGUUGUCAAAUAAUUCCCUGAAAAGCUCGAAAAAUUCAUCUUUGAGAACUACAUCAUCCACAGCAACAGCUCAAACAGUGCCAAUUGAUAGCUUUCAUAACCUGUCAUUUACAGAACAAAUUCAGCAGCAUUCGUUGCCACGCAGUAGAAGUCGACAGUCAAUUGUGUCCCCGUCUUCCACGACACAAUCCUUGGGACAGAGCCAUAAUUCACCAAGUAGUGAAUUUGAGUGGAGUCAGGUAAAACCCAGCUUGAAGUCAACUAAAACAAAUAAAGGGGGGAAAUCAGAAAAUUCCAGCAAAUCUGGGGCAGCUGGGAAAAAAGCUAAACAAAAUAAUUCUUCACAGCCAAAGGUUUUAGAAUAUGAAAUGACUCAGUUUGAUAAAAGAGGGCUAACGGCCAAAUCCGGGACUAGUGUGCCACCUAAACAAAUAUCGGCAGAAUCUCAGUGCAAAAUUAUGGUACCUUCAACUCAGCAAGAAAUUGGUCGAUCUCAACAGCAAUUUCUCAUUCAUCAACAAAGUGGGGAGCAGAAGAAGAGAAAUGGGAUAAUGACCAAUCCAAAUUACCAUCUUCAGAGCAACCAGGUUUUUCUUGGUAGGGUUUCAGUCCCACGGACAAUCCAAGACAGGGGGCAUCAGGAAGUGUUAGAAGGAUAUCCUUCCUCCGAGACGGAAUUAAGCCUUAAACAAGCCCUGAAGCUUCAGAUUGAGGGUUCUGACCCUAGCUUCAACUAUAAAAAGGAAACACCAUUAUAAAAGUUUCCUAUUCUGUGAAACAGAAGACAUUGUGAUUGGAGUGGUUCUUCAGCUACUGGAUGAAAACAUAAAAUGCCUGUUGAUUUGCUGAAAAAAAAAAGAAGAAUGUGAUAUCUGCAGUACAGUUACCUUAAUUACUGUAAUGUGCCUAAAUAGUAAGGCUGCCUUCUCAAUGUAACUCUCUGUGCUUAAAAAAUUUCAUUUUGUGUGCUUUGUAUUCACUACACAAGAAUAAGCACUUUUGUUUUUAAAUGCAGAUAUAUACUGCAGUUCCCUGAUAAAAGCUGAAAAAAAUUUUAAGUUAAGAUUUGAUAAAUGUGCAUGUGCCAUGAUUCAAAUAUAUACGAAAAGGCAGUGUUCUUUGUAUUUAUUUUAUUUUUUCUUUUUUUGUGGCAAACGAAACUUAAGCAUAUUGUUUCAGUCACAUUUGCAUUGUUGUAGUGUAUGGCUUGUUUCUUGUAUCUUUAAAAAUGUUGCUCAAUAAAAUAAAUCAUGCAACUAUUUUAUGUUCAGUACACCUUCAGCAUUGGUUGAAAAUGUGUUUCUAUUUAAUGCCACACUGAGGUGAAAAAUGGUUUGUUGACAGAUUUUUAAAAAAUAAUUCUAGUGUUUUAGGGAGCUGCUCUGAGUAGUUUAAAUUUGGAUUUCCCAGUAGAAUCCUCCUAAUCUCUGGCUACAGAUGACAAAAAAGAAAAAGAGAGAAAGAGAAAGAGAGGAAAAAGCAGACUAUAGGCAGAACAAAGUUCUGUUUCAUUCACUGGGAUGCAGUUUCACCUUCCACUCACUUGUCACUCCACCUCCAAGAAGACAGACUAUCAUCCCUGAGGCAUGAAAAUUCUCAGGGACAAAGCCAUGCCUCAGGGCGUGUGUACGUAGAAGGACAUGCACCUGUCUGAGGGUAGAUUUUUGAUCCCUGAACAAUUCAUUGACUACUUAUCUCUUCUGUCCAGUUAAAUAAAAUAUCAUUUCCCAGCAUGAGUUUUCAUGCUGGCUUCUCUCUCAGUUGUUUCGAUCUUGUAAAUCACUGCAUGACCAAAAUAGCCCCCGACUCAAAAUCAGUUGAAUCAGUUUUCGUGGUAGUUGGAUGUAAUACGUGCGGUCCUUCACAGAUGACACCACUAACCUGUCAGUCAUAGCACAUGUGUAUUUUUUUAUUGAUAGUUGGUAAACAAUAGUGAUGGAUUUGCACUUUUCUGUCCACAUACUCUUUCCUGUUUUCUUCUUUGACCAGUUGCUCACAGGAUGACCGGAUGGCAGGGUUAAAGAUGAAGUCUGUGACCAGGGAAAACAAAGGUGACAGGCUCAAAGGAGCAGGGGACCCACAGCCUUGGCCUCCCAGAUGGGCUCUAAAGUAGUGAGGCUGGCUUAGAUGGGUUGUGUGUAUGUCUGGAAAGGUUAGAAUUGAUUGUUGAGAAGCCAGGGUUGUGAGUUUGAUCUCUGAAUAAGCCCCGUGAAUUUUAGAAAGCCCAGAAAUUCUAUUUUUCCCAUGUGCUGUUGAUAAGAAAGAGGAAUGAGGAAAGAGAAUUUGGAGAUUCAGCACAAAAACACUACUACUGGAGAAAAAUCUUGAGUAACAGAGGUCAGUAAUGUCAUCUUCAUAUAUGAAGGACACACAUGUGAUGCAUUGUUCACAGAAAUAGAAAUGUGUAAUUGGUUGUGAUAAGUGUUUCACUUGAAUCUUCGUGUAAGGCUUUUGUUUUCUCUUAUUUUUUAAAGUCAGCGAAACACAUUUUGUUUGUGUCAUCGGCAAGUCAUAAUCAGGAAUAGGAGAGAAGUUCAAUCGAUAUUAAGGUGACAUGGCAAUAUUGAUAACUCGAAUGUGAAUGUUUCAAGUACUGAGUUUUUGUCCCUAUGGGACAUUUAUUAAAUACACUUAAUAGGACUCUUGCAAAGUAGCCUUAAAAGUGUUAAUGAUUCUAUUGAUAAAUAUGAAUUCAUACUAUUAUUAGAACCAAUCUUACUCAUAUCUCAAAUACAGUACAUUUACAUUACUGUAGAAGAUGAAGCUCUAAUUUCUUACUAGGUGUAUUUUUCUUUAGAAGAGAACCCUGAAAGCUGCCAGUUUUUCUAUUAACCUUGAAUUAUUGGAAUUGUAUUUAUUUAAUUUUAUUGUUUUUUUACAAAAAUGCACCUUGUGGCCAAAGGGCAAAGAUAUGAUUCAUUACAUAAGGGAUUUACGUUUUUCAAAGAGCUGAAUGUUUUCAUAUCCAUAUUAUGUACACUUGAAACAGUUGGUAGGAAGAGAGUCUGUGGGAAAAAUAUGAUUUUCAAAAGUAAGUAUUCCUCUGGAUGUUUCUGUAUUACUUGUGUUUUGGAAUAGGACAGAACUGGCUUUUAGGUAGGAUAAGGAUGAUAAGGGUGCUGAAGAUGCCCUGCUUUGCCUAUUUGUUUUUGUGGGGGAUUUAACAGCAUGACUAAAAAUGGCUUUUGCUUCAUGAAAAAGACUUAAUAAAUAGUCCCCUCAAUUAAAAAUGCCUAAAUAGCUAUUUUAAAAAUCAAAUGUUUAAAUUUUGUAAAUCACCUGAUGUCACUACACACCUAUGACGCCAUGUGCUUAUAACUUUUUUAACAUUCCAUCUGCGCCCGUUCCCUAAAAGUUAUGAGUUGGUAAUAAGGGAAGUGAUAGAAAAUACAGUAAUGAAAAAUUAAAAUCUGAAUGUAUGUAGGAAAGGUUUUCGAAGGAAAAUUGACUGGAACUCCUGUGUACUUAAAAGUACAGCCAGUAUCUUUUGUCUCUCUUCCUUAUCCCCCCAUCCCUACUGGGAUCCUUACCAAAAAUAAUUCACUACUUUAAAAACAGGAGUAAAUAAUUUUCUCAGUAUUGUUUGGCUAUGCAAAUGUUUGGUUUGCUUAAUGUUCUCCAUUUACACUUCUCAGCAAAUGUAGUUGCAGACAAAUGCUUUCUUUUUAUUUUUUCCUUGGUUUGGGGUAUGUAAAUAGCCUAAAAUGUACAUUGAAUUUCACAUUGUAAAAGUUUAUUUUAUUCCUUGUAUUAUAUUAAGCAAAAAUCCCUAUGUAUAUGAAAGUGCAUAAUAAAUAUAUUUGCUCUACAGA